AUGCCGUCACCGAAAGCAAGAAGGAAUGGCAAUCGAAGUGGAAGUGUUUCAGGAAUCUGUGGAAACAGUGUCAUCGGAAGAUUUGAUUUCGGGGCAAUGCACCCUCGUAGAUCUUCCGAUUAUUCGUCGCGACGUCGAGCCUCGAGUUUUUCCAGCGCGUCUGUCUUCGCCAGUGGGGCACAGUCUCAGGACAGUCCAAAGCGACUCAAUUUAUCUUUCUUCACCAUUGCAUUUAGGUUUUUACUAGCUAUUGACUUAUGGCUUUCAAAACGACUUGGCGUUUGUACCUGUGAAGACUCCCUGCUGGGAAGUAUAAGGCCUCUGGUAAAACUAAUAGAGGUCAGUGGCCACGGAGUACCGUGGCUUAUAAGCGCAGUUUAUGGUUUGGUCUACAGCGACUCGGCGGCUGAGCUGGAGACAAUGUUAAACCUUUUAAUGGCCUUAGUGCUGGACAUGGCAUUAGUAGGAAUAGUGAAGGCCAUCGUGCGACGCCGGCCUCCGUCCUACAGCCGCUCGGACCUGUUCAUGCCCUUUGCCGUGGACCGCUACUCCUUCCCGUCGGGCCACGCCACGCGGGCGGCCAUGUGCUGCUGCUUCCUGCUGACGCGCCUGGUGUCGGCCGGGCCGCUGCGCGCCCUGCUGCUGGCCUGGGCCGGCCUGGUGGGCCUCUCGCGGGUCCUGCUGGGCCAGAGCAACGUGACGGACGUGCUGUUCGGCCUCUGCCUGGGCUACUGCCACUACCGCCUGGUGGAGAGGCUCUGGCUGUCCCCCGAGCGGCUGCAGGACAUCCUGACGACCUUCCUGCGGGACAGCUUGGCCGGAUUGUGACUGAAUUGCCACCCCCCGCACCCCCUUACCCCACCCCACCCCACACCACACCACACACACACCACUACCACCGGAGUUUAUCCGAGGCUCUCAAGAGACUUGUCGGGAAUUACAAGCGGAUUGUUCAGGAGCGCUUCGCACGCGUAUCAUGCGUAUGCCAAACUUGGUGUGUCGGUGAAUGACACACCAGAAGAAGUAAUGAGCAAUAUUACCGAAUGUAGUGCUGUCCCCUUGUAGCACAGCUUUGUGGACUUACUUGACACAGAUUUGUAUUUAUUGGAUGUGAAUGAGAUUUGUGUACUGCGGAAAAUGCAGCUAUAUGACAGCUAGAUGGUAUUAUAGCCACAGCA